CAAUUAGACAAUCGUCGGUCGUCGUCGGCUGCAGGUGAUGCAGGUAUCUACAAACUGCUCUAAGCACUUCAUAGUAUGCCACUGCCCUUCAGUACGAAAACGGCAACUAAACGAAUUACAACUCAAUAAUAUUUCAAAAUGUGGGCAGUUUCAAUUACUUGCAUUCUAUUUUUGAGUGCUGUAAUUUGCAAUCCAGAAGUAAGAAUUAAAAACGGUGCAAUAAGAGGAAAAAUUUUAAAAUCAAGAGAUGGCAGGGAUUUUUAUUCUUUUACUGCCAUACCAUAUGCAAAACCACCAAUUGAUGAACUUAGAUUUAAGCCUCCAGAAACAGUAGAUUCCUGGGAGGGUAUUUUAGAUGCCACAAAAGAAUCAAAUAUGUGUACACAAAAUAAUCGUUUCUUUCCGUCAAUUAGACAUUUAAUACUUGGCGAGGAAGACUGUUUAUAUUUAAAUGUUUACACAUCAAAUUUAAAUGGAAAACUUCCAGUAAUGUUAUGGAUACACGGCGGAGGAUUUCUUGCUGGUCAUAGCGGGUCUAACAUAUUUGGAUCUGAAUAUUUUAUGGACAAAGAUGUUGUUUUUGUAUCUAUAAAUUAUAGGCUUGGAUUAUUUGGAUUUAUAAGCACUGAAGACGAUGUAAUACCAGGUAACUAUGGACUAAAAGAUCAAGUCAUGGCAUUACGUUGGGUCCAGAAAAAUAUCGCUAAUUUUGGCGGUGAUCCUGACCAGGUGACGAUAUUUGGCGAAAGUGCGGGUGGUGCCAGUGUAGGGUAUCAUUUAUUAUCUCCAUUAAGUAAAGGCCUAUUCCAUAAGGCUAUACUCCAGAGUGGUACAUCUUUGUGCCGUUGGGCUGUUUCUUCACCUGGGUUAAUUCGCAAGCGUACCGAAGCAGUUGCUACAAUCGCUGGAUGCAAUUUCAAUUCUUCUGAAGAAAUAUUGAACUGUUUAAAAAAACUUCCAGCUAAUUAUAUUGUCGAACUUCAUAAUAAAAUUUUCGAGUGGGAUAAUCAUCCAUGUAUAAUAUUUCCACCUGUGGUUGAGUCAUGCGAUUUAAACCAAAAGUCGUUCUUAUGUAACCACCCGCUUACAAACUUCAAACAAGAAUCUUUUGUACCGACUAUUAUUGGUUUGAAUUCAGGCGAAGGUGGGAUAUUUGCCGCAUCUUUAUUCAACGAAACAUCUCUUCGAUUUCCGGAACUGCAUACCGAUGUUAAUCGUUUGUUACCUGUUUUAUUAAUGUACAAACAUGUAUCAAUGCCUGAACAUUUGGAUGAAAUUACUAAUCGGAUCAUGAAAAUGUAUUUUCCAUCGGGAAAAAUAGAGAAUGACUCACAUUUGGAUACAGUAAAAUUGAUUGGAGACGGCUCUUUUAUUUUGUGUUCUAUGGACAUGAGUGUUCAAUUAUCUUCACCAGUUCAUUUUUAUUUAUUUGAUUAUGAAAAUGAGUUUUCAUUCAACCAAUUGUAUGGCGAUUGUAAAAAGUCUCUUGGAGUGAGUCACGCUGAUGAAUUGAUUAGCUUAUUUUCAUUGAAGGAAAUGAAUCCCAAAGGAUUAAGCGAUAAAGACUUGGAAGUGUCAAAGCUUAUGGUUAAUAUUUGGGUCAAGUUUGCAUCAUCUAAAAUACCUACUAUUGACGGAACGGACAAUGGAAAAGCUUGGCCUGUAUUUACUUCUGUUGAAGAAUCAGCUAUACUUCACAUAAAUUCUAACCAACCAAAAAUUGUAAAAAAUCCAUUUGUGAAGGAGUAUACAUUUUGGAGUGGACUACCUUUAUUAUCGCGUUUAAAUACAUCGAAAUCACCUAUAAAUUCAAAUAUAAAAGAUGAAUUUUAAUAUUAUUAUAAUUUUUUACUAUAGAUUUAUUUAUUUUUUU